AUGCCAUCGAACCUCGAGCACAAGGCCAGACGCAAGAGGCAGACACGCCUCACCUUCCACCCUAUCGAUCCUGAUAACACUACGAAAAGCUCGUCGCCUUCUGAGAAACGCAAUCACCUGUCGCCUGCGAAUGUCAGAUACCGUCUGUCGCCAACUAUGAACCUCUCUCAGUCGAAGCCUGGCGGGGCAAAGUCUGCUGCUGAUGCUUUCGAGAUCAGCGAUAAUGACGACGAAGCCAAUUUACCCAACCCUACACCUACACGUAGAGGCGCCCAUGGAAAGCUACGUGGAAACAUGCGUGGAGGAAGAACUAGCAGGUCUACCGCUCUCGAAGAAGGUCCCGGAUACGACAUGCCCGAUAGCACGUCCUCCUCAGAUGAAGAUAUUCUAGCUGUACCUCGAAAGAAGAUGACGGCAAUAAGAGGACGACUGUGUGCUCCCAGACUCUCGCGUGCAGAUUCACAGAGACAGAAGAAACCUAUUACUCCCUCGGAUAACAGCAAUGAUGAUCUUGUCCUCUCACCCCGAUCAUCGCAACCGCAAUCCCUUUACAGACCAAGCAAGAAACCUGUCGCUGAUGACACCGAUUCUGACGAUCAGCCGCCUGUGCCGUCAAGCGCACCGAGACGCCCAAGAAAGCCGAUCAUCGUUGAAGAUGACAGCGAUGAGUUAUCAGUACAGCCUAAACCCAAGAAACUUCCUAUACCUGCCACCAAGGGAAAGACAGUCAUUGACUUAGAGGAUGAUUCUGAUCUUGACCUGAGAUUACCUGUCAAGCGCCGACAAAGACAAGCAAUACAAAAAGAUGAUGAUAGCGAGGAUAGCGAUGAGCUGCCUCUUGUUUCACCAUUGAAGAGAAGAAAGUCCGCCGUGGAGUCUGACAGUUCUGACAUCGCCCCUUCACCAUCAAAGCGUAGACGCCCAACCAGACCAGAGGAGGAUGAUGAAGACAAUGAUAGUAGUGAUAGCGAUCUCCCAGCCCUGAAAAAGGCUGCCUCCGGUUCCAGGAGAGCUAGAGCGGUGACCAGCAAGAGCCUUACAACCCCAAGCCGUUUCACUAGGAAAUCCCUGCCACGAAAAUCUCAUCGCACUGCCCGAGAGAAGGCUGCCGAGCUACUCAAGCGCAAGCGUGCUGGGGAGAAGAUUGACAAGGUGACAGAUUCAUCCAGUGAUGGUGAUGAAGUGGAACCUCCACUCUAUGACAGCGACACGGAUCAGGAGGUGCUGAGGAGGUUUGACGAUGAGGAAUUCAGUCCUGAGCCUGCUGAACGGAGAGCUUCAGAAUCUCGCCAACGUCCAAAUGUCAACCAGCACCGUUCAAACACUGGCGGAGACGAAGAUGAUUCAGAUUUUGUUGUCGAGGAUGAUGAACUGAUUGGUGUCCCUUUAAGCUCCCUUGGCAUCCCUCUUCAAUACACUCAUCAUGCGCACAAACCUCUGAAGGAGCACUUCAAAGACUGUGUAGAAUGGCUUGUUCAUAAUAAGCUUGAUCCCGGCUUCCCUAAUCGGGAUGAUCCAAUCUACAAACAAGCCUUUAUCAAGGUGGAUUUCGAGGCACAAGGAUACGCGAAGAGUAAAUUCAUCUCUUCGCAAUGGACUAGUGACUUCACAAAAGCUCUCAAUGCCCGCCCUGAUUUGAUCAAGCGGCCGUUGUGUGAUGGAGAAGGCUAUACUGUAGAUGGAGUACCGAAGUGCGAUGCUUGCAAUCAUCGCUCUCACGUUCCUUCAGUAGCUAUCUCCUUCCGCGGAAAGCCCUACGUCAAGGAGACCUUGUUGGAGGUGCCCAACGAGUCAGACAGCGACUCCGACAGCGAUUCCCACGAUGAUUUCGGUAGCGAGGAUGAAGAUGAGGAUAGGAGCGCGAUUGAUGAGCAUGAUAAUGAUAUCAAGCCUGCAAGCACUGUGUGGUUCGCUGGCCGUGACUGUGCCGACAAGGCAACUUAUGCUCACAUGCUUGUUCAUUGGAAAUACGCGCUCAACCAACAGGUCAUCGCGAAGCUCGAGAAGGGAGGCCAUCUCACACCUGUCAAACUUGCUGCGCUGGACGAGAUGACAGCCGAAGAGAGACAAGCACACGCCAACGAGGUGGUGGACACAUUAGAGGCCGCCAAGGAAAUCAAGGCGCUCUAUAUCAUCUUCAAGGACAUGAUGUCGGAUGCUAGGGAUUUCCAGCCGGGAAGAUACAAACGUGGUAAUCGCCAAUGAUUUUCGUCCCCGUGCUAGAGUGAUGGGAAAGAGUGUGUGAGUAUCGAAAGUGGCGGAUUGUCUAUUUGAUUAGGAGUUCUGGGGGUGCAUGGCGAGCGAGCGGUUUGUGCUGCCAAACGGGGCGUUCGUGUGGUUUAUACCUUAAUGAGGAUACGAAGUUGAUGUUAUGUAUGAAUAUGUAAAAUACCCCGAUUGCGAACCUUUGAUACCUGUGUCUGUCUCUGUCUAUCCAUACGAUUGUUAUUCUAAAGGGGUGGGUGGGUAAUCGAAUGAAGGGCACGCACUCCCAAACUCCAAACAUGCUUCGCCCCCGCCCCAAUCAAUGAACGAAUCAACAAAAUGUCAAACGAACCACCAUGAUCUCAAAUCUAUCUAUCUAUCAAUCCAUCCGUCCUAUCCAUUCUAUAAAAGCAAGAAACGCCAACCCGCGCAAUCAAUGGAUCUAGAUACAUACCUUACCUAACCUACACCCCGCCGCCGCCAUCAUGCCAACUU